ACGUGACCAACAAGACUAUAAACCGGGGCCUUUGGAAUGGUAUGAGUCAGGAGACAAUAAUCUCGAGCUCAAUAGAGUCGCCGUCGGGUCUGGCGGUUGACUGGGCGGCCAGGAAUAUAUAUUGGGUCGACACCAGCCGUAACUUCAUCGAAGUGUCCCAAAUGGACGGCUCGAUGCGAUCGUUGCUCAUAUGGGAAGCGCUGGAACAGCCCAGAGAUAUAGCGGUCGACCCGAACAGUGGUCUCAUGUUUUGGUCUCAAUGGGACAAAUCAAACGCCAAAAUAGAGAGGUCUGGUAUGGAUGCCUCGCAACGAAAAACUCUUCACUCGUCUAACUUAACACAUCCGCACGGAUUGGCCAUCGAUUCGGUGGACAAAAAGUUGUAUUGGAGUGACGCCGGAACCAAACACAUUGAAUACUCCGAGUUUGAUGGAUCCAAACGACAAACGCUUAUAUCCCGUAAUGUGAAACAUCCGUACGGUUUGGUUAUUUACGGCCAAUAUAUCUAUUGGACAGAUCUUGAGCUCAAAUCCAUUCAAAGCGCGCACAAAACAAAUGGCGAUCAAAGAAAGACAUUAAUCGCUGGUUUGGAACAAUUAAUGGAUAUUCAAGUCUUCGACAACCAAUUGAUUGAAGCCAAGAGCGAUGUGCGGAAGAUGUGCUCAAACGCCGGUUGCAGUCAUUUGUGCCUUUUAUCGCCGUCCGCACCGGGAUAUCGGUGUUCGUGUCCGACA